AUGUCCCACAAGUAUCAGGCGAUCGCAUCCUUCAUUCCAAACAGCCCGGACGAGCUGGCCUUCAACGCAGGCGACAUUCUGGCUCUGACCGAAUUCUAUGACGAUGGUUGGGCCAAUGCCAUUAACCAAAGCAACUUCCGCUCUGGGUUGGUCUCCGGCAACUUCAUCGUCCCGGCCGGCGCCCAGAUCGACAACCCUGCCAAUCCGCCCCUGCCUUUCCCGAGAAUCUCAUCGCAGAGCAGUCGGAGCUCCGUCCCCCAGACACCCAUACAAGCCCAUGUCGGAGUGGGAACCGGCUCGACCUUCAAUUUCACCAACCCUAUAAGCGCCAUCCGAACCUCUAACUACAAUCUGAACAUGACGGCGAAUAGGAGUCUGCCUGGCAGCUUGUCCAACAUGGCUGACAGCAGCUCCGACCGAAGCGUCCCGACCGAGCCUGUCACCAACACCGUUGUGAUGCCCCCAAAGUUUACGCAGAUGUCUGACUCGGAAUGCAAGGACUUUGUCGUCAAGCGUCUUGAGGAAACGAUUAGGCUUAGGAGUCUCAGAGAGCGGGCGCCGAAUGAUAUUGGAACAAUCAAAAUAUCGGUCACCGGUGAUUCUGGAAUCGGAAAGACGCGCUUGAUCGACAGCUUUCUCGAGAUGAAUCAGUUUGCUUCCCGAGAACCAACAAUAUCGUAUCUUGAAAUGGACCCCAGGCUCGCGAUUCGCGAGAUUCGAGGCUCGACCAUAUCGGCUGAUGAGGAGCGUCCAAAUGAAGAGCGGCAAAACGUGUGCUUCGUCGACACACCCGGCUUUGGCUCCUAUAUCAACGCCCUGGCCACAAUCGACCCCGUAAUCGAGUAUCACGACAAGGAGUUUCAGCGCACCGAUCAGUUCUUUUCUCGACAGAACCCGUCCAGCAAGAGCAUUAUCAGCUUCAUCACAUCCGGAACUGGGGGCUCCAAUCAUGUAGAUCUCUGUCUCUAUGGCAUCCUGCAUCGCCUGAAGCCUGUGGACAUUGAAUUUAUGCGACGUCUGUCGUCGGUUGUCACGAUCGUUCCUGUGAUCAUGAAGUGUGAUGCCAUGCGCAAGAACGAACUUUUCCAGCUCAAGACACAGAUUUUGUCGGAACUCGGUCGAGCCGGCAUUCGCGUGUUUGGAUUCGGCCUCGAAAUGUGGGAACUCCUGGUGCUUGCCCGCAAUCAGCUGCCCGGGGCUGUCCCAUUUGCAAUCAGCAACUAUGCCAUCAUGAACGAGGAUCCCGGGCCCUUGAGCGAGCUGGAGACGCUCCAGAAGCUGCUUCUAUUCCAAUCUCUCCCGGAAAUACGAUACUGGACAGCAGAGACCUUUGUCAAGUGGAGGACUGUCCUGAUUGAAAAAGAGGAAGCCGAGCGAAAAUUGCUUAUCGAGAAUCAGAGAGCCCAGGAGGAGAAACGACUUUUGUUCGAAGCAAAACGAGAGAAUGAGAUACUGAGGGCGAAGGCUGCUCUUGAGGAAAAGGCAAGGGAAGAGGAGGAGCGUCGCCGUCAGGAGGAUGAAUUCCGCCGCCUGCAAGAAGAAGCCCGUGCAAGACUCGAGGCCAAGCAAAAGGGCAACGAGGGAUUGGCGAAGUGGUUCAAGACUCGGCACUGA